AGAUCGCUGAUUCUGGAGAGAGAAGGGGAAAAAAAGGGGUCGGGCAGAGAUCAUGAAGACUAUUGUAAACACACGGGCAAGGCAAUCCACACGGUGCAGGCAGCACAGCAACUCCCCGGGGCAGCCUGUCCCUGUCCCACCAGGGUCCGCACACAGCCUAGACAGGAAAAUAUCUUGUUUCUUCCACGCCAUUAGAAAAUUAAGGAAAUGUCAGCAGAGGCUACAAAGGCAUACUAGGAUACAGGAGGAAAACACAAAGGACCAGACACACAGAUUUGUCUAUAACAAGGAAGAGAAAGAAGAAAACAUUUUCCUAAUAAGUGGCCUCUCUUUCUGCACUAAAAUAUAAUCAGGUUUUUCUGGAAUUUGAAAUAUCUUCAUUCGGAACAAAGUUUAUGAUCGUACAUUGUCCGGUAUUUCAAAGAAACUGUUAUAAGGCUUUUUGCACAAAUGGAUGGCAUUGAGACGACAAAGAUUGAAGAAUAUACUGUGUCUCAGGACAGUGAAGUGCCUAAUGGUUUCCCCAGAUCCAUUUCAUCCAAUAGUGAAGAUGACAAAAAUGUUAAGAUUAAACCCAAAAGUAUGCCCAAUGGCCUGCGAAAAGGAGCUAAGAAGUAUCCGGACUACAUUCAGAUUGCUAUACCAGCAGAUACCAGGAACAAAUUCCCUUCGGAAUGGUGGAAAACUGGCAUUGCCUUUGUUUACGCAUUAUUCAACAUGGUUCUCACCACUGUCAUGAUUACAGUGGUACAUGAGAGAGUACCUCCAAAGGAGGUGAGCCCUCCGCUGCCAGACAAGUUUUUUGACUACAUUGACAGGGUGACAUGGGCCUUUUCUGUAUCAGAAAUAAAUGGAAUGAUUCUGGUUGGAAUUUGGAUAAUCCAAUGGAUUUUCUUGAGAUACAAAUCAAUUGUUGGACGCAGAUAUUUUUUUAUUAUUGGCACUUUAUACUUGUACAGAUGCAUUACCAUGUAUGUCACAACCCUUCCAGUGCCUGGAUUGCACUUCCAGUGUGCCCCAAAGUUGAACGGCGAUUCAUAUGCUAAAGCACAGAGGAUCCUCCGAUUGAUAUCCGGCGGUGGCCUUACCAUUACAGGCUCUCACAUCUUGUGUGGAGACUUCCUGUACAGCGGACAUACUGUCAUUCUGACUCUCACCUACUUGUUCAUCAAGGAAUAUUCUCCUCGUCACUUUUGGUGGUAUCACCUAAUCUGCUGGCUUUUAAGUGCUGCUGGUGUGGUCUGCAUUUUAGUAGCUCACGAACACUAUACAGUGGAUGUCGUCGUUGCUUACUUUAUAACAACAAGGCUAUUCUGGUGGUAUCAUGCCAUGGCUAAUGAAAAGGCAUUGAAGACUUCAUCCGCAACAAACUUCCUUUCCCGUGCCUGGUGGUUCCCAGUGUUUUACUUCUUUGAAAGGAACGUUCAGGCCUGUAUUCCAUGCAGCUUUGCCUGGCCAAUCUCUUGGCCUCUCGGUUGCUUCAAGUUCUCAUGUAAAAAGUAUUCACGGGUUCAAAAGACGGGAGAGGACAAUGAAAAAUCCACCUGAACUGUCAUGAAA